AUUCGUCCACACCCUGUACCACCUUAAUUAAUAGCUAACUACACAUUGGCUAGGAUUUAGGUUCAACCGUGCUUUGCUCGAUCUUAAAGCGGCAAGUUCAGUAGAUGAGACGAAAUGGAGGGGAAGACGUCGGGUGGAGUGGACACCAACAAGACCAAACUCUCGCAGCUGCGGUCUAAAUAUGCAGAGAAACCGUGGAAUGAGACACUUCAGCUGGUUCGCAGGUGCAUGGAUAAAUCAAAAACUGAUUCCAGAUCCAGUCCGCUGUAUUUGCGUUGUCUGGGGAGAAUCCAUGAGGCACUGAAUGUGUCCUCUUUGACUGCAAUGGUAUCCAGAUUAGAGAUGAUUGCAAAACAGAGAGGGCUAGGAUCACACCGGAGCCCCACAGAGACUACCUAUUACUUGACUUCGGACAUGUUCUACCUGGAGGUGUUACUGCUGCCUGGUGGGGGUGUAGAGGAUGUCAAGGUGGCUCAUCAUGGAGAGGCUCCUGUGUCCUGGGAAGCACUUCUUACCCUUCUCAGGUCAAAAAGAUUUGAAGAUUUCUCAAUGAAGCUGGACUGCUUCUCUUCGCUCUACAACAUACGUGGAGACAAUGAAACUAAAAUAAAGAUAUACACUGCCCUUCAGCACCUGGAGAAAGAUCUUGUAAAGAUAUCUCAGUUGCCCAGACCUCUCAUAGAUCAUGAUCUUCAUGUGGACACAAUUCUCAACGGAAGAAUCGGGAAGGUCACCCUACGGAGAGAAGGAAAUCCCCUGAGUAUCAAGUACUACAUCAGCCCUUAUGAUCAACUGACAGGGAAUGCAGAUGCAGAGUGCAACAGUGGACAGGCAGCUCUGGUGACGGCAGGGGCCAGUGACUCCACACACAGGCUGCAGAUGACUUGCCUCAUCCAAAGGCCUCCCAUAAUCAACACAGAUGGUCUCCCAGUGUUCAGUCCCCUGGACAGUGUCACUAGUGAAAUCCUGCCAGCCUGCUUUUUCCUGAGGCUGCAACCACCUUUGCCGAUGUUCUCUUCCUUUAUCCGCAAAAUGCACCAAAUCACUGAAAUGACCAUGUAUGAGACUGACCUGCAGUGGCUGCCCUUCCCCUGGCUGUUGGCGACCAGUCUGGAAGAAAGCAGCUGCUUUGACUCUUUGGCAGGGGAAGAUGCCCACUUCUUUGUGCCUCUUCCAGACAACCAGAUGCACAGUUAUGUGCUGGCAGGGGACGUGUGGGGCAUAGCAGCUCUGAAGGGGGCGCUGGUGCACAACAUCCCCUUUACACACCCUGCCCAUGUCCCCAUGCUGCUGGAGCUGUUGAGACACCAGGCUGCAAUCAACACUCUGCUUUCCAGCAUCGUUACCCACCACAGGCCCUGCCAAGGUUCAGAGCCAGACUUGCACUGUGAGGUCCUUCCAGAGUCGGAGUCCAGCUUCUCUGUGUCUUUCCCCCUGCCUGACCCAGGCUGCCUCGGUGUGCUUUUGGUGAAUUUAAAGGACUCUCGUCAGAUCACCAGCCGGCUGUUUACACUGUGUUCAAAAUAUUCCUCCAUUGAUGAAUACAUAACACGAGUCUUGAAAAGAUGCAUGUCCAUUCCUUUGGUCAUGAGGGCGAUCUGUAGAAGACUGGCUCAGAGCAGCUAUUUAGAUGUGGCUGCCUCCACUUCAGCAGCUGGAAAUUCUGAGCAUGCACCUACACCUGCUGCUUGCUUAUAUAUGGCAGACUCUGAAGCCGAUGCUCCCUGUGCUCCAUCUGUAGACUCUGAGGCUGUACAUACCAGCCCUCCCUCUGCUAUGAUAUCCCAGAGUGCCUCAGUCUUGGACUCCACCUGCAUGCCUGCAUCUCCGGUUUGCUCCUACUUUGUAAUGUCUGUUCCUGCGGCUCAGAGUGCUGCAGGUGCUAAUACAGAAUCUCUUGCCAACCCUUACCCUGGUACCCAUGUUGGUGUGCUUCAAUCCUGGUCAGCAAGCAACCCACUUGGAAUCUAACAUUUUGAAAGGGAGGUUAUGGGAAAGUUAGACUGGAUAUGUAUUUAUUUGUUAGUGGGUAAACAUUUAAGAAUUUAUAAUAAAGUUUGUUUUUGAAGGCAGUGUAA